AUGUCCUUACCACUGAAUCACCUGGUGAUGAAUCUCACAAACAGAGACGCCUUUCAGGAAGCUUUGGUGAAAAAUCUCAUCAUUGUUAUCCUGGGUAUUGUCAUCAACUGCAUCAAUGGGAUCAUUGUUAUGACUUUCUGGAAGAACUCUGUUUUUCACAGCGAGUCCAGAUACAUUCUGUACAUAAAUCUGGUGGUGAACGAUAUGAUCAUGAUUUAUGUUUCUGUGAUUAUGUAUGUUUUAAGUUAUGCCUAUCCUAUUUUUAAUACUUCUAUGUGUUGUAUUUUGGUUGUAAUUGGUUCGACCACACACACAAACACACCAAUUAUCCUGGCUGGUAUGGCUAUUGAGCGUUAUAUUGCCAUCUGCAAACCCCUUCAUCAUGCUCAGAUGUGCACAGUAAGCAGGACCUAUUUUCUCAUCGUACUGACGUGGGGAGUUGGCUUCAUACCUGCGCUAGCCGAUAUUAUCAUUGUCCUUGCCAUUCGGCCAGUAGGCUUUUUCUCAACGGUAAUCUUUUGCUUCUACCUCAGCUUAUAUAACACCCGAUACCAUGAAGAGAAAGCGAAGGUGGUCCAAGCCCUUUAUAUGUCAUUUGUGUGGCUGACACUGAUCUAUACUUAUUUGAGAGUUUUCCUUACAGCCAGAGCAGCGAAAGGUGACACUGCCUCAGCCAAAAAGGCACAGAACACUAUUUUAUUACAUGGGGCCCAGCUGCUUCUCUGUAUGCUGUCUUAUCUCACUCCUUUUCUUGAUCUCGUUUUGAUCACAUAUUUCCCCAUCUAUCGCUCAAAAAUAACCUUCCUGGGCUACCUGAUCACAAGCAUUAUCCCAAGGCUGCUUAGUCCUCUGAUUUAUAGUAUUAGAGAUCAGAAAUUUGCCAAACACAUGUCGCAGUACUACUCCUGCGAGGUUAUCAGUUGUAAAGGCAAACAGAAGAAGAGGAAGCUGAAGCAUUCUAGUAAGAUGAGAGUUAGUUCCUCAUAG